GUAAACUCUGCAUCUUAACACUUCUUCCCAAAAGAAACCAAUCAAGCAAUGGAGAGGCUAAACUCGAAGCUGUAUGUGGAGAACUGUUACAUAAUGAUGGAGAAUGAGAGGCUAAGGAAGGAAGCUGAGCGUCUGAACCAAGAAAAUCAACAGCUUCUUCUUCAAAUAAAACAGAAAAGCUCCGAGACUGAGAAGAACCCUGAUGGAUCAAACAAUGACAACAAAGGCUCUUCAUCAAGCUCUGCUUCUGGACAAAACUGAAUUAUAAUUAAGAAAUGCCAGAGCAAAGAUCUGGUAUUGGAAGAAAAAAAGACUAAACCGUAUGUAUUUUUUCUUUGGUUAUUUGGUGUUAAUGUAGGGAAGAUAGUAGUAGUAUCCAGUAGUUUGUUAAUGAAAGAAGAUUCUCUUCUAUUACAAGAAGACAGUGUCUGUUGUAGUCUUCUCAGUCAUAUUUUACUUUGUUUUUCUAUUUUCG